AACUUUACAUUAGUCAACACUAAAGUGCUUACUAAACAUUUCUGGGAGUGGACACACUGUUCGCAAGGCUUUCCACAUUGUCAUUUUGCAGGAGCUAGACGUUAAAAAUUUGUGAAAAAUGUCCCUACCAAAGGUUCCUCACAUUGUGGGCGAUGAUGAUGAAUCCCAAGGCGCUUUGAAGAGUGCUGCAGAAAGUGACGGGAAUACAAACGAGUCCUCUUUGGAAAGCGAACAGGAUGACGACAACGAAGAUGAAAUGGAUUUGGAUGGCGCGGACUGGUCCCCAUAUGUCACCUAUGAGGCGGGCGCACCGAGACGUCCUUUCAAUCCCUUGAAGGUUACCGAAAUUACCGAGGUACCCAGAAAUGCAUCGGAAAACUCCACAUCACCUAAAAUAGAUCUUCUGAAGCCAGAGACUUCGCAGUCCCACUGCUUGGGAGUGCGCAAGCGUCUCAUCUUCUCUCGCGCCAACUAUGCUCCAUCGGAAACUAUUGGAGCUCGCGUUUCCAGACGCAGUAGGGGCAGUUGGGCACCGUACGUCCGUAGCAUCAACACUGCUCCCGAAGCUUCGGAUGAUACCGCCCCGGUAUCACCAGGUCAGCUGGCCAAGCCCGUGGAUGUCACCGAGUUCUUCCACCGUGUUUCUGUUGGCCUCGUCGAGCAGCGCGUCUGCUUGAAGCCAUUCCUGGAGUUGCGCAAACGGAUCGCUCGCAUGGUGACCCAGACUUUGAAGGAAUCUAAGAAGAUGCGCAAGUAAUCCUUGCAACUUCUAUGUUUACAAAAUCCAUGUAAAAGAGAAACAAUUUAUAAAGCUAUAAAAUGGAAUUGGUUACUAA